AUGAGUGCAAAGGGCAACGUCCACACUGGCUUUCGCCAUAUUCGGGACAACGCCAAGGAUGGGCCCGGAACCGAGAGCCAACCUAGUCGAGGGUCUGAUGAGAGCACCCUCCGGGUCAUGGCGUACAUGUUUCCCCGACAGUUUGGCCUUCAUAACGUGUUCACCUUCACGCCUGCGGUCGGCCCGGGACAGCGCGGGGCGAAACAAACAGGAACGGACUUGAGGCUGACUGCGGGUCCCGCCGCUUCGGUAACCGGCGAUGGAACAACCGAGGACCGCCAAGCUCGAAGCCUCGCCGACGGUGUAUCGGCCUUUUGCCAAAGAGUCUUGUGCAAAAUCAUCCCCAACGAGGUCUGGGGCGUGGGUUCUGUCCAAAAGCACAACAAAGAGCUGGUAAUGGAGAACGUGGACCGCUUCGUCCGCCUUCGCAGAUUUGAAAACAUGUCGCUUCACGACAUAUAUCAGGGCAUGAAGCUAACCGACGUCGAGUGGCUCGCACCGCCCCACCUUCGAGAAUACAAGAUGUCCCCCACUGACAAGCUAAAGAGGACGGAGAUUUUCCUAGAGUUCCUGUACUACGUCUUUGACUCGCUGCUGAUACCUCUGAUCCGAUCAAACUUCUACGUUACUGAUUCAGGUAAACACAAGAACCGUCUCUUUUACUUCAGACACGAUGUCUGGAGGCGCAUCGCCGAGCCCGCCAUGGUCGCCCUCAGGGCAGACCUCUUUGAGGAAAUCAAGGCGGCCGAUGCUCGGAGCCUGCUCGAUCAGCGAGCACUGGGCACUAGCCAGCUAAGGCUCCUCCCCAAGGACGCUGCCCUGCGCCCCAUCAUGAACCUGCGGCGAAGGGAGUUCCACAAGGGUCGACAAGUGUUGCUACCCAGCAUCAACUCGAUCCUCGCCCCCCUAUACUCGCGCCUCAAGGCCUUUGCGGAGAAUGCGCGAGGCGGUCCGGUCAAAAGGUUUUACCUGGCCAAGGUCGACGUCCGCGCCGCGUUCGACACGAUGCCCCAGGACGCCGUCGUUGAGCUCAUGAAAACGAUACCUUCCGAUGACAGGUACGUCAUCUCCAAGUACGUCGAGAUCAAACCCGGAGACUCGGUGCCGGACACAUGCGGUACCGCCCUCUCCAAGCCGGCCAAGCGCUGGCAGUCCCUCGCGGCCACCGCCAGCGACGAGACGCGCUUCGCCAGCCACCUAGAAUCCAAGCUAGCCACGGGCAAGAAGAACACAAUCUUCGUCAGCAACUCGAUGAAGCGCGUCUACAACACCGGCGCCCUCGCCACCCUCCUCACCGACCACGUGCGCAGCAACAUUGGCUCCGUCCUCUCGACCGCCUUUUGCAACUACUUUUACGCCGACCUGGAACGCCGCCACCUCGCCUUCCUCGCCGACGACCCCGGCGGGUCCCUCCUCUUGCGCCUCAUCGACGACUUCCUCCUCAUCACCACCGACCGCUCCAAGGCCGAGCGCUUCAUGGCCGUCAUGCACGCCGGCCUCCCCGACUACGGCGUCACCGUCAACCCAGCCAAAAGCCUCGUCAACUUUGCCCUCGAAAUCGACUCCGCCUCCCGCCGCCCCGGCCACAACUUUGAGCGCAAAACCCUCAACGCCUUUCGUAUCCAGUCCCACAUGAUGUUCUUCGACACCGCACACAACCCCGCCUCCCUCUCGCGCGCCAACCUCGCUGCCGCCAUGGCCGAGACUGCCCGCAAGGCCUGCGCCUACAUCCGCUGCCUUCCCCGUGAUAGGAGGCCCCGCGAGGAUGUCUUUGUCCGCACCAUCGGCCGGCUCGUCGAGGUUGCCCAUGCCCUCCUUACAUCCAGGACCAGAAAGGCCCGGUUUCCUGGCUAUGAGUGCUCCCUAUCCAAGAUGCAGGUCCGUAUUGCCGCCCUCGGCGCUUUUAGCGAGGUCGUCAAAGUUAAGCAGCCGGGGUAUAAAGGCGUCAUUGACUGGGCCGAGCAACAGAUGAAGGCGCUUGAAUCGGGCAAGUCGCCCAAGCACAGAUCACAGGUUGUCUCCUAG